AUGUUUGCCAGACGUUCCCUCAGUACCUUUGCAAAUAGAUUACUUCAACAAGAACUCAUGCCAGCUGCUAAAGCAGCUGCCAAAAAAACCCCUCAACAAGCAAUUAAAUCUUCAUGUCCUGCAGGAACAGAACUCCGCUUAAAUGUAUAUAAAGAUGGCAAAGAUCCCGUAGCACUGGAAGAUGAGAAAUAUCCCCCAUGGCUCUGGUCAAUCUUAACUCCUUCAAAUAAUAAAAAUCCUUCUCCAAUGGAAGCUAUUGCACAAAGGAAGAAAGUAUUACGAAAGAAUAACAGAGAUCGUAUAAAACAGAAUAACUUUUUGAAACAACUGAAAUAA